CAUGAGACGAGAUAUCCAAAAAGAACAUCGGUAGUGUUUUAUAAAGAAAUCGGCAAAAUGCCUGAGAAGAAAAGCGCUGCAGAUACAGACAAUGUACAGGUGUGUGUCCGCUGUAGACCCCUCAAUGGAACAGAAGAAAAACAGGGAUGUGUGAUGUGUGUAAAUGUUGAUGAAGUGAGAGGAUGUGUGACUGUCAAAAAUCCUACUGCCACACAAGGAGAGCCACCUAAGACCUUCACCUUCGACACAGUGUUCGCUCCCAACUGUAAACAGGUUGAUGUGUACAACAAGACAGCAAGACCAAUUGUGGACUGUGUACUAGAGGGAUACAAUGGCACCAUCUUUGCAUAUGGACAAACAGGAACUGGGAAAACCUUUACCAUGGAGGGUGUGCGUACUGUACCAGAGCUUAGGGGAAUCAUACCCAAUUCCUUUGCUCAUAUUUUUGGUCAUAUUGCCAAAGCUGAGGGUGACACAAGAUUCUUAGUGAGGGUAUCUUACUUGGAGAUCUAUAAUGAGGAAGUACGAGAUUUGCUCGGCAAGGACCAGCAUCAGAAACUAGAGGUGAAGGAGAGACCAGAUGUUGGAGUGUACGUCAAAGAUCUAUCCAACUUUGUGGUCAACAAUGCUGAUGACAUGGACAGAAUUAUGACUGUCGGAAACAAGAACAGGGUUGUUGGGGCCACCAACAUGAACUUGCACAGUUCUCGUUCCCACGCCAUCUUCACAGUGACCAUUGAGUGCAGUGAGAAAGGACCAGAUGGCAAGCAGCAUGUGCGUGCUGGCAAACUCCAUCUUGUUGAUCUUGCUGGAUCAGAGCGACAAGCAAAGACUGGAGCUACAGGACAACGACUAAAAGAAGCUACAAAGAUCAAUUUGUCUCUGUCAACACUCGGCAACGUUAUCUCUUCCCUGGUUGAUGGAAAGAGUACUCACAUUCCAUAUAGAAACUCCAAACUCACCCGGCUGUUGCAGGAUUCUCUUGGUGGCAACUCCAAAACUGCUAUGGUUGCUAAUAUAGGGCCUGCAGAUUACAACUAUGAUGAAUCUAUCAGCACUCUGCGUUAUGCUAACCGUGCCAAGAACAUAAAGAACAGUGCUAAGAUCAAUGAGGACCCCAAGGACGCCUUGCUGAGGCAGUUUCAAAAGGAGAUUGAAGAGCUCCGGAGACAACUGGCAGAGGGUUCUGAUUAUGAGGGUAGUGGAAGUGAGGAAGAAUCAAGUGACGAGGAAGGGGAGCCCGGGGAAGGUGGAACAAGAAGAAGGAAAGGAAAGAAAAAGAGAGGUGCCGGUGGAGCAGGAGGUAGUCAAAAGAAAAUCUCAAAAGAGAAAAUGGCUGAGAUCCAGGCAAAGAUUGAGGAGGAUCGAAAGAUGUUGGAGGAUAAAAAAGAUAUGGCAGAGGAAGACAGAAACAAAGUGAAGGAAGACCUUGAAGUAAAGGAGGCUGAAUUAAAAAAGUUCCAAGAUGAACAAGACCAGUUGACCCAGAAGUUGGCUGCCAUUGAGAAGAAGAUCAUUGUUGGUGGGGAGAAUCUGCUGGAGAAGGCUGAGGAGCAGGAGAGGAUGUUAGAGGAGAGUGCCAUGGAGCUGGAGGAACGCAAGGUCAAGGAGGAGGAACUGAGAAAAGCACUACUUGAGAAAGAGCAAGAAAGACUUGAUAUCGAAGAAAAAUAUUCCAACUUGCAAGAAGAAAUCACAGGCAAAACCAAGAAGUUAAAGAAAGUUUGGACAAUGCUUAUGCAAGCAAAAUCUGAAAUCGCUGAUUUACAACAAGAGCACCAACGUGAGAUGGAAGGCCUAUUAGAAAAUGUCCGCCAGUUAAGUCGUGAACUUAAAUUACAGAUGACCUUAAUUGACAGCUUUAUACCUGCAGAGUACCAGGAGAUGAUCGAGGACCAUGUCCACUGGAAUGAUGACAUUGGGGAGUGGCAGUUGAAGUGUGUAGCUUACACUGGAAACAAUAUGAGGAAACAAACACCCCAGCCAGACAAAGAAAAGGACCGGUUCCAGGAGCCAGAUCUAUCCAACGUCUACCUCGCUUACACUGCUGAGGGGGCAGAGCAGGCCUUGCGACCUAAAUCAUCCAAGGCGUCACGCCCGAAGUCUGGACGACCUAAGACAGGCAACCGGCCCAAGAGCUCAAAGAAGAAGAAGCCAGAUCCAAGUAUAGAUUCAGUGUUACAGUGACUAUACACGGCUGCUGUUGUGUUCUUUAUAUUAAAACUUUUUAUGUUUGUGCAACACUUCUCUACUGUUCUGAAGUGGGUAGUGAGCUGAAGCAUUUGUAACGACUUGAAGAAAAUAUUCAAGAUGAGGGUAGAUACCAUUGUCAUAUCAUCAAACUUGCGUUGUGAUUACCAGAAGGUUGUCAUUCUUUCAUGUUUAGAGAUUGAAUUUGAUUUUUGAAUUGACACAUUAAGUAUUUAAAUGAUCAAAUAUAUAUCAGCGACAAUUUCCAAGCAAUGUUUCUUUAUUGAAGACUGUCCAUAUACGGUAAUUAUGUAGAGAAAAACAAAUGUUACAUGAUACAGUGUUAAAUUGUACUUUCAAAUAAAAAAUACUAUUCUCUUAAUAGAAAAAUAUGAUAAUUUCUCUCUAGGUGAAUGAGAAAAAGGAUUAAAUGUGUUGUUUUGUCACGGAAAAUAUGGCUUGACUAUUAUGUCUACACAAAAAAAUUUUUUUUCCUAUUUAUCUUUAUUAUGCACAAUGCAAUACAGGGUUUUCAAACCGUUGACUACUGUGAAAUAUACGAGUGCUUUCAAUGUAAAUUUUGAAUUUAAUCUCUGGAUCUUUUUGCUUAAAAAUAUUAUACAAAAUGGCAUAUUUACAUUUAACUUUCCAGUGGAUUCUUUUUUACAUGCAAGAUAAGAAAACAAUGGAAAUGUACUGGGUGCUAUUCCAUUGUUAGUUUUCAAACCAAAUUAAUCGCUAAUUAUUACCCAUGUAAUGUCUAGUAGCAUUUGAUAUCAAUCAAUUUCUGUACUUUGAUAUUACAAUAUGUCUUUAUUAAUGUAUAUGAUUGAUGUGGCAUAUGAUUGAUGUGGGAGAGAUUUAACAAUAUGUAUAUCCCAGGUUUGUGGGAUAUACUUGUAGUAUGAUUUAUGUUUUGAUUCGUUGUUAGUGAUAAGUCCUGUCUCAUGGUGUUUAAACUUUCUGAUCUGUAAUACCUCAGACUAGUUUGUUACUAAUUGUCAAAUCGCAUUAGUAUCAAUAUUGAAAUAUCCAUUUAUGUUGCAUAAUUUAUUUUAUGUAAGUUGGAAAAUGAUUUUCAUUAUAAAGUAUGAAAGAUUUAAAUUAUAAUAUUGUAUAAAUAUUGUAUGUAGUAAUGGUUAUUAUUUUAUGCCUGUUGCAGUUUGUAUUACAUAAUGUUACAUCAAGACAAAUUGAACCCACCCAGUAUGGUUUCUCAAAAGUAGAAUCUUUUUAUUCUAAUAUCUUAUUCAAGGUUGUGUUUGAAAUUGUUUGGUAUGUUCCUGUAUGAAUUAAUGUGGGAUUAACUUGUUGUUUAUUAGAAAUUAUUUGUUAUCACUGUGUCUGGGUAAAUACUGGUUAACGUUAUAUCUUCCAGUACUAAAAGACUUAGCAGUACUAGAAAUAACCCCAUGUAGUUACUCCAUUAAUUUGAACAUGUACUGUGUGUUAAAAACCUGACAAUCUUUGAAUUGUCGUUGAUUUUGUUUUCUUUGUUUAGUUAUUUCACAAUUUUUUGAUGCCCACAUAUCAUAUGUGUACACAAUCUGUAUUUGGCAAGGAUCGCAAAAUUGUUCAGGGAUACACUCAGCAGGUUGUGUGUUUAAGGUAUUAAAUUAAGUGUUUAUAAUUGUGACCUUUGUUAUGAAGUAGUAUGUCUGCUGACACAUCUUAAUCAAUAUGUUUUACCUAUGAUUCGUGUAAGAGUUAUGUCCCUUGAAACCCACUAGAGCUGCUUUCGCGAGAGUUAUGCCACUUUAAAAAUGAUGCGAAACAGUCCAAGCAACAAGGAAAUACUCUGUAUUCUACGAUAAAUGGAACCCAUACUGGAUUUUGGAAAUAUUUUGUUAGGAUCACAUGUUGUUUCAGGAUCUUUUAUGAGAUUUUUUUUUCAAACCCAAAGAUUUUGUGACCUUUUUUGUUGCAAAUAUGUGAUAGAAAUUUGUAUUUCCAUUUUCAAUACCUGCAUUUGAAUUACAAUUCUAUUACUCAUAGCAGUCAUCAUAACAUAGCUGUCACUUAAAUGCAGGGCCAUUACCAUAAAGAGGAGUGUGCCCAACCUUGCUUGCAUCAGAUUACAUAUUUUUCAUUGUUUUUUUUUUUUGUUUUAUGGAGUCUUUCUGUCUUAAGUUUCCAGUAUUAUUCCUGCUGCAUAACAUUUAAUAGAAACGUCCAUUAAUGAUUUUUAACACUGAUAAAUUAAGAUCAAGGUCAAAUAUUAUUUAAAAUAUUGGAGUAUAUUGAUGUUUCAACUACUAGCAGCGAAUAUUAGAACUGAAGAUACUAUAAAAAUACAUAGGUAUAUAGGGAGGAUUUAUUUGAUGUAUUUAUAGAUUUUACUGGUAUUCAGUAUAGGACAUAUUAGAUCUGAUUCUUAAAAUCUGAGACCUAUCUUGUUUGAUAGUUUGUGGCUAUAGUUUAUCAUUUUUCUUAUUUUUAUUUAUUUUUGUUGCCAAAUUCAAUGAUUCCAUCCAUUCUACAAAUUUUUUAUAAUUUUAUUUCUUUUUUUUUCUGUCUUAUUUCUGCUGUGUAGAUGUCUUUGUCAUUGAUAAUUUAAAUGUUACUGAAUAUACUGCUUGUCAUCCUUUUCAGGCAUUGGUAACUGAUGUUUGUUAUUCCUGUAAGACUGAAAUGUGUCGUUUCAUUUCUAAUAAAUUCAUUCAAAAAUUU